GCUCGCUCACCGACAGGACUCCUUCACAAGUUUGUCGCCGAGGAACUUUCAUCCUGACAGACGAGCCGCCGGGCACGCUUGCGCACGCGUCUGCUUGGAUUUAUUUGGAGAGAGAAAGAAAAGAGCGAGUUUGGAGAAAAAAAACUCCAAGGUGUUUCAUUUCCAGACGGACUGGCCUCUUCGUGCCCUCGCUGACAGCCCUCUGAACCUCUGCUUGAACCCUCCCCACCUCUUCUUCUCCUCGUCUGCGCGGCGCCAAGUGCUCCCCCAGGCUGCCUAGAGAGCGGCCACAGCGCCAUGGUAACUCACAGCAAGUUUGACAACGCAAUGAGCAGCGGCCUCUUGGACUCCAACAUGCGGCUGCCUCACCGUUACAAGACUUUCACCUCCAAGACGCAGUACCAGAUGGUGCUCGCCACGCUCCACAAGCUCCAGGAGAGCGGCUUCUACUGGCGCUCCAUCACCGGGAAGGAGGCCAACGCCAUGCUGGCGGCCGAGGCCACCGGCACAUUCCUCAUCCGGGACAGCUCUGACAACCGGCACCUGUUCGCCCUCAGCAUCAAGACGGCGUCGGGCACCAAGAACCUGCGCAUCCAGUGCGACACGGCCUCUUUUUACCUGCAAACAGACCCUAAGAACAUUCAGUCUGCUCCGCACUUUGACUGCGUCCUCAAGCUGGUGCACUACUACAUGUCCCAGAGCAAAGGGAACGGCCGCAGUGGGAAUGUCUACAACAUCUACUCUGGAGGCGAGAAGAUCCCUCUGGAGCUCAUCAAACCUCUCUCCUGCAACUUAUCCACCUUGCAGCACUUGUGCAGGAAAACAGUCAAUGGACAUUUGGACAUUUCCUCUAAACGAGACCAACUUCCUCUUCCUCUUAAGGAGUUCCUCCAGGAGUAUGAUGCCCCCAUCUAGAGGACUGAUGCUUUUGAAGGGGCAAAGACUUGAUAGUGCAGAGGGGAAGGUGGAUGGCUGCGGUACAGCUUAACGUUGACAGACACGUGUCUUAGGAGCUACGACGAAGCAGCACCGGAUCAGUUUGGUGUACUGAUGAGAGGUGUUCUCACGGGAAAAAGAGGGCCUCUUGUUUAGAAACUGAGGACAGAGAGGGCGCUGCUGUAAUCUGGCGGUGUGAAAGAGAGAUAACCUCAGCCGAUGACGUACGACUUACUGAAAACUGAAGUGAGGCUCACAGUCAGCUGUCCGCAGCCUGAUGACACACAGCUUCCCUCUGCUGCUAACCAAUGUGAGCUCGCACGCGUCAGCCUCCAUACACAUCAGAUGGAGAGCUCCGACCAAGCGCGCGCUGGAGAUCCACAGACUUUGGAAAGUCAGAGUACAAAAGAGUGGACACAGAUCACACAUUGUGCCAGCCGCGAUGGGAAAAGGGCUGAUCAGAAAAUGUUCCUUCUGAUGAGUUUACGCCAAACUUGCCUGAACUAGACGCCAGUUUGUUGGAGCACCAACAUGACUGAAUCCUGCAGGAUCUUACUUGAGAGACACAUUUUCACAUGGCUUUGCUGGUGAGGAAAUACGCACCAGAACAUGUGGCAGUUUUAGUGGGGCAGACAGGACAGCCGUUGCUUGCAAAUGAAUGUAUUACAUAACGGUAUCUGUCUUUUCCUAAUAAGGAGAAGAGUCCAAAUGUAUUCAUGAGUUAACAUGAGUGAAGAUGAAAUGUGUUUUUUUUUUGGUGCUGUCUUUUAUAAAGAUGUCCUUUUUGCCGGCCGAGCCACUGGCUGUGGAUGCUUGAAGAUAUUUGAGAAGUUUGACGAAGCAGGCAGACUGAUACAACUUUGCACUUAUUUAUAUUUGUAUGGACAGUUCAUUAAUUUAUAAUAAAAGAGCACU